ACCAUCCACACCAUCCACAUCAUCCACAUCCAUCCCCCAGGACAGGCUUCCUUGUCUAUUUGAAUCUUCCUUGUCUUACCUCGUGGUCUCGCCCACACCCACCAAACCCUAUCACAUAUAUCAAUCCUCUCACCCCCUCCUCCCAUCUUUUACUCGCCCAUCAUGACCUCUACUUCCGCAAACGUAAACAAUAAUCCUACUCCUGCCCAGGAAGAAUUUCGAGACUUACUCGAAAAGAACACUGACCACGGUUCACGAAUACACCCCGAAGACCGUGACGACGCUCGGAGAGAGGCCGAGAAUUCCGACGAAGACGAAGACGAAGAAGACCGUUAUCGCAACGCACAGAUAGAAGCAGCCAUGCGCGCCCCUAGUUUAACAGGCGAUGUAAAGCUGCCACCAGCAAGCUUCAAUUCAGGCCACAGUACUGGUGUGAAGGGCGUCAUUGCCGAUGCCCGUGCCUAUGAACAGGCUCGUCAGAACAAGUGGCGAAGCAGAGUUCGUGCCGCUCGCCAAUCAGUAUUCGGAAAGGGAGAAGGAGCUCGUCUAACUGGCUCACAAAGCGGCGACAGCGAGGAUGACGAAGACGAGGAUAGCUUUCUCCAGCAAUGGCGAGAGACGCGAAGGAAGGAGCUCGAGAAGGAGGCUACAAAUGGUAUUCGCACCCGGAGAACAAGUCCAAGCCUGAGAAUGUUUGGACGCUUUGAUAGUGUCGACGCACUAGGAUACCUGGAUGCUAUCGAGAGGGUGGGAAGAGAUACAGUUGUGGUAGUAUUCGUUUACGAUCACGAGUGUCAAGUAUCAGGCCUCAUUGAGUCGGCGCUACAACCACUAGUCACUUCUCAUCCCGAAAUACAUUUUGUCAAAGUUCACUACGAAGACAUAGAAUUCGACAAUGCCGCCGUACCUACAGUCCUUGCGUACCGGAACCAAGGCGACUUGUUCGCCAACCUGACGGGGAUUAUCGACAUGAUCCCCGACGAUGAGGACUUUGACAGUGACUCAUUAAAGAGGAUUUUCAAGAAGCAUGGCAUCAUAUAAGGCUCCUUGGUUCAACUCUUGAAAGCAUACGCUGGCGUUGCUACUUCGCUUAUGAGAGCGCGGUCUCUAGUCAGUGUUCGACCUACUCGAACUGAUAUAUGGCAGAUUAGAGGAUAAUGCGAUAGGCUUACUCGCCCGUCAAGAUGAAUGUUGCAUUACCUCGCGACACAUUUAUGGACGAGUUAAAUUCGGUAGCCCUAAAAUCUUCUACUUCUAGGAGCAUCACAACUCGGCUUUAGCCGUCGG